AUGUCUAAACUCACCUUGGGCUUGAUUGCUGCUGGUGGCGCAGCCGCAGGAGCAGCAGCGACUGCCGCGCUCUACUCGACCAAGAAGGACAGCCUUCCGCCCACACCGUCCAUCACCACCACUACCACGACUGUCACUGGGCCUGGCCGGCCAGCACCUGUACCCUCGGUCCCCGCCAUCCCCUCGCCCGCUGCUGCUGCUGCCGCCCGGAGAGCGAUAGUAGACCCAAACGGUCUCUUCCAAUAUGGCUUCCCCGGCCCCGUCAACGAUCUCCGUCCUGCUGCCUCUCUCACAUCGUCGUACGACCGAAGAACACGGAACCCAGCAUGGGUCGCCGAGCACAUCACGCCCGAGUCGCUAGCCAACAGCAAUGCCGACCGCAAGCACAGCGUCUUCGUCGAAGACAUUACGAUCCCAGAAAUGUUCCGCGCAAAGCUCAAGGACUACUUCCGCUCCGGCUAUGACAGAGGACACCAAGUCCCUGCUGCCGAUGCCAAGUGGAGUCAAGAAGCCAUGGAUGACACGUUUGCGCUGAGCAACAUGUGCCCACAAGUCGGCGACGGCUUCAACCGCGACUACUGGGCGCAUUUCGAAGACUUUUGCCGCAGGCUCACACACUCGUACCCCUCGGUCCGCAUCGUGACCGGUCCUCUAUACCUGCCCAAGCGCGAAGCCGACGGCAAGUGGCGUGUGUCAUACGAAGUCAUUGGCAACCCGCCCAAUGUCGCUGUACCCACACAUUUCUACAAAGUCAUCUUCGCCGAAGACGGAAAGCUGGGCGGCAAAGUUGCGCUAGGCGCUUUUGUGCUGCCCAAUGCCAGGAUUGAGAACCACAAGCCAUUGACCGACUUUGAGGUGCCUGUUGAGGCGGUGGAGAGGGCGAGCGGACUCGAGUUUGCGACUAAGCUCACACCAGAGAGGAGGAAGAGGCUGUGCCAGGAGGUCAACUGCAGCGUCAUUGUGAAGGAGUAUGCGCAGCGGCAGAAGACAUUCGCUAAGAAAUAA